CCAUCGUGUACAGUUGCAUGAUACUUUCCAUACUAUUGGGUUCUUACACUCGGUUGUUGCUGCAUGCUAAAAACCAGAGAUUCUGCAGCCAAUCGAGUCGAGGACUCAAAAGUGGGACCGAGAUUACGUACGUAUUAGUACGGAGGUGGCUGCCACCGGCUUCAGUUGACCCACUACUCGAUGAGCUCUUUCAUUACGCUUCCACCUGGGGCUACUCCGAUCGUUGACGCGGACGAGGAGGUUUUCCUCCUGUAUACGAGUCUCAAUCGGGCAUGCACGAAGCUGACUGGUCCUGAUGGUUAUCGCGGACUUGGUCACGUUGAUUCUCGAAAAGACACCCUUACCAUUCAUCUUGGAUUGUUCGAAGACGCCACCGAAAUGUCCAAGGACCAACAGUUGUGCAAUAUCUCACAAUCACCAAAGUCAAAACAAAAGCGCUCGAAGAAAUCAAUUGACAUCGAGAUUGAGAUCGCUCAGGACAAGACUGCCCUGCGUAGCAGAAGAGGCGACACUGGCAGCGUCGUCUGGAGGGCCAGUGUCGAAUUUUGCAGAACAGUCCUUCAUCAGUAUUUCUUCCCAUCCGGAAGUACAAUAUUCGAUUACCGCAGGCUAUCCGAAUGCAACUGCCUUGAACUCGGUGCGGGGACAGGGUUGCUUGGGAUUGCCCUUUCUCCCCUGUUCCGAGCAUAUACAGCAACCGACAUUGCUGCAUUACUCCCGCUCAUCCGGAAGAACGUAACAUUAAAUUCCCGUCCAAACUACGGGGCUGUUGGAUCGCAAUGCACAGAUCUCAUCGUGGAAGAGUUGGAUUGGUUGACCCUCGCAUCUCUGCCUUCAGGUCCUUCCCGGAUACGCUACUGCCCACUUCCAGGUCCAAGUUCAACGCUAAACAAGGACAAUACCUGGGAUUUGAUCUUAGCGGCAGACUGUAUCUACCAUCCCUCCCUUCUCCGCCCCUUCGUUGACACGAUUGAGGCCCUCGCAACUCCUGGUCGAACUUGGGUAAUCGUUGUGGUUGAACUGCGGCAAGAAGACGUCAUUCGGGAAUUUCUCAACUUGUGGUUGACCUUGGGGAAUUGGGAGAUCACGCGAGUAGAGGGCUUCCUAGAUGAAAACUACGCCAUUUGGGCCGGUCAUAGAAACUCACCCACGCCCACUGUGUAGGGUGCAAUUCUCUCAGUUGCUCGUGACUGCAUAGCAUCCAUUCAGUGGGGGUUCACUUCUCAUUGGCAGUAGACGAUGGCGUCGUAAUUAUGAAGUGGCGCUGACUGCCACAGUCUAUCGUUUUGGUGUGUACUGUAUUCCCACUAGAUUGUGAAUCAUCUCAUUCGACCGUGGGUCUUGGCGACCGGCGUGGUUGCCAUGACUGUCACCCGCGAUGCCCGAAGUGAUGCUAAAUACACAUCUGUGCAAAAUAAAUCGG